AUGGGCAGGGACUGUUACGCGUUCCCCCCUCAGAUCGUCUUCUACGAGGACAAGAACUUCCAGGGCCGUCGCUAUGAGUGCGACAGUGACUGCUCAGAUUUUCACGCCUACCUGAGCCGCUGCAACUCCAUCCGGGUGGAGAGUGGAGCCUGGGUGGUGUACGAGAGACCAAACUACAUGGGCUACCAGUAUGUCCUGAGCAGGGGGGAGUACCCAGAGUAUCAGCGCUGGAUGGGACUGAACGACCACCUCAGUUCCUGCAAGAUGAUCCACUUUACCAGUGGGACCCAGUACAAGAUGCAGCUUUAUGAGAAGGCAGACUUUGGCGGCCAGGCCCUGGAGGCCACAGAGGACUGCCCCUCGCUUCUGGAGAAGUUCCGCUGGAGGGAGGUCAACUCCUGUAAGGUCUACGACGGUUGGUGGGUUUUCUACGAGCACUCCAACUACCGUGGACGUCAGUACUUCCUGGAGAAGGGAGAAUACCGCAAGCCUGGGGAUUGGGGUGCUGCCAGUCCUGCUGUCCAGUCUUUUAGACGCUUCACUGAAUAAUUUAACCUCCAUCCAAAAUGUUCAAAAGACUUAUUACAAUCUCUGUCUGGGCAUUAUGAGUUAAAAAUGUGAUUAUAACCUUCAUCAACCAUGUUUGCGAUUUCGAACUAAGGUCUCAAAAAUAAAACCUGCCCAGUAAGCACAAUGAUGUUUCUGUGGAUUAUUUUAAUGCAUGUUUUGAACUGUUUUAGCACAUAACUAAAGUUUAUUCGCUAAAGAAAAAAAACAAGCCAACACCUAACGGCACAACGGUGGUUAAAACCGUUACCUCACAGCAAGGUCUUGGGUUUGAGUCUCAGCUUUCUGUGUCUCUGUGAGUUAACCCUCUGACAGACUGGUAACCUGUCCAGGUAUACCCUGCCUCUCGCCCUGUGACAGGUGGGACACACUGUCACGGCAAACUCUAAACUCCAACCUUUAUUUAACAACACAAUUUAUUUAAAAUGACAGACAAAAAAUAAACAAACAAACAAAACAAAAAAACAGGAAACAUCUAAAAACAUUUCAAGCAUCCACUGAUGAAAUGCUGCCACCUGGUGGUGAAAGUUAUAGUUUAAAAACCCACCUGUCCAUUCAAGUUUUCAAAUUCAAAUUUCAGCUGGACUUCUGUGUCAUAAAUAUUUGUACCAUUAGGCGGAGUAUAGAGCUAGUGUAGCCUCGACUCUGCACACUAGGAGAAGAUGUGAUCAUCACUUCAUAACAAUCUAUCAAACUAUUGCUACAUCGCUAAUUUCAGCAACAUAUAAAAAA